AUUUGUAUUAAAUAAUAAAAUAUUUAAAAUAAUAACCAUCACAUCAAAUAAAUAAAAUUUUUAAAAGAUUGUUUUUUUUUAUUUUUUUUUUUUUAUUUAUUUGUUUUAAAUUAUAUAUAUUAUAAAUUAUAACUAUAUAUAAAACAAAUCUUGUAUCAAUUAAAUUAUAACUUUUAAUUUAAUUAUUUUUUUCCUUAUUUAUUUAUUUAUUUAUAAUUGUUUGUUUGUUUGUUUAAAUAGUUAAAAAGGCAAAAUAGGCUCAACUAAUUUCAAUUUUUUAUUUAAAAGAUCAAUAGUAUAAUAUCUUUAAUUUUAUAGGUUUUUUUUAUUUUUUUUUUUUUAGUUUAAUUAAAGAAUAUUUUAAUUUAUAAAAUUUUAUACAACCAAAAGAAAAAAAAAAAAGACAAAAAAAUAAUAAAUAGAUUUUGAAAAAAAUCAUGGAUAAAAAUGAUGGGGAUUUCCCAAUAAAUACCCCUAAUAACAAUAGUUCAAGUAACAUUAACAAUAGUAGUAAUAGUGUUCCAAGAGAACCACAUCCAAGUUCAAUAAGUAAUAAUCCAAGCAGUAGAAAUUUAAAGCCAAAGCCAUCAUCCAAUAAUUUGAAAUGGAUUUCAAGAGAUUUGAAAAAGAAAUCAGUUAGAAAAGACUCUGAAAGAAAAUUAAAGAGUAGCGGUGUAUUAAAGAAGAAAAAUACAGUUAUGGACUUUGGGGAAGAUGAUGGUACAGGUACAGGCGAAGAAAAUUUAACUGAAGGUUUACCAAUUACUGAAGGUAUGGAUGAUGAACCAUCAUCAUCAUCAAAAGGUGGCAAAGAUCAAUUCGAUGGCGAAGAGAAAAAGAAAAUGUUCCCAAAGGAAAUGAGUGCUUCACCAUUAUCUGACAAUGGUACAACAAGCGGCCAAAGAUUCGAUACAUUAGUUGAUCCAGAUAUUAGUUUAGCAGAAAUGGAAGAGAAAAUGCGUCAACAUAAACAAUAUCAAGAACAACAGCAAAGACUUAAAGAGCAUGCAGUUUCACCAUCUAAAAAGAAACAAUCACAACUUCAACUUAGUAAAAAGAAAGCUGUAGCAAAAGAAGACUCUGAAACAUUAGAGACCAUUAUCGGUGAAGAAAAGAAAGAGGUGGUAUUUGAAAUUAAACCAUACUUUUCGCACGCUAUCCUCCAAGCAACUAUGGCUGUUUUCUUAAUUUGGAAUAUUUUCUAUUUUGCUUAUCGUGCUGGUUGGACUAUGAAUAAAACCAACUAUUAUACUUUGGCUUACUCUGUACUCUUCAUUAUCGUAGAGUUUGUCUCUUUCCUUGGUUCUGCACUCCAUCUUAAUAACUUUACCAAUCCAUGCACUUAUAUCCUCGUUGUCACAUUGGAACAAAUUUUAGCCAAGAGAAGAAAGAAGCACGCAACUGUCAUGAUGUAUGUCUGUACUUAUAAGGAACCACCCUCAAUUGUAAGUCGUACUUUCAGAACUGCAAUCUCUAUGGAUUACCCAAGCGAAAAUCUUUGGAUUGGUUUAUUGGAUGAUUCUGUAAAUUAUCGUGAAUCUAGAGGUUGGGCACAUCUUCAAUCAGUCGAAAAGAAUUUCCUUUAUGUUUUAUUACAAAAAGCUGUUUACUCUGUUCACAACAUUCGUCCACCAGUUACAAGUCAACACGAAGAUCCACAUGGUAUUCUCAAUGAAACUAGUUCAAAGAUUGAGUCAUCAACUAAAGAAGUCAUUGAAGCAGAAGUUCAAUGGUUCAUCGAAUAUUUCCUUUUAAAUUCAUGGUUUGGUGUUGGUCAAGAAAUUCAACGUGAAGCCGAUGAUGAUGAACGUGUUCUUAUUGGUAAACUCCGUGAAGAAAAUUUCUCACCAUAUCGUACAUUUAGUGCUAGCGAACGUGAAAAGAUUGGUAACUUUACUAUUGACUCACUUCAAUCAUUAUGGCACGGUUCUGCAUUCUUUAGACCAUUAAUUAGAAGCAUCCUCCUCAAGAAAGAUUAUGUCAAAAACUUUAUCUCAGAACUCAAUAACCAACAUCGUCUUCGUUUCCUUAAUAAUGAAGCUUUAGCAAUGGCACAAUAUCAAGUUUUAAUGAUGGGUAGACAAGAAUUACCAUUCGAUGAAAUCUCUGCUGGUAAUAUUCGUAUUGAUUUCGAUACUUGUGAUGGUCCAAUUGUAAGCCCAUGUUGCACAUAUCUUCGUAGACGUAAACCACCCAUUCCUCAUAACAAAGCCGGUAAUAUCAACAAUGCUCUUUUCAAUGAAUCAACCAAAGCCGAUUAUGAAUUUAUUGGUCUUUUAGAUGCUGAUCAACAGCCACAUCCAGAUUUCCUUAAACGUGUUUUACCAUAUUUCUAUUGUGAUGAUGGUCACGAAUUAGCUUUUGUUCAAACUCCACAAUUCUUUAGUAACAUUUAUCCAGUUGAUGAUCCAUUAGGUCAUCGUAAUAUGGAGUUUUAUGGUCCAGUAAUGGAAGGUCGUUCAGCAAACAAUGCAUGUCCAUUCGUAGGUACUAAUGCCAUUUUCAGACGUCAACCUCUAUAUGAUAUUGGUGGUAUUAUGUAUAACUCUGUAACAGAAGAUAUGUAUACUGGUAUGAAAUUACAAGUAUCCGGUUAUAAAUCAUGGUAUCAUAAUGAAGUUUUAGUAGUAGGUACUGCUCCAGUUGAUAUUAAGGAAACUCUUGAACAAAGAAAACGUUGGGCUCAAGGUGCUGUAGAAAUUUUCUCUUUAACUCCAUGGGGUUAUAUUCGUAGCAAAUUAGGUUGGAGAAAGAUGCUUUACAAUUUAGAUUCAUGUAUUUAUCCAUUCCUUUCACCAACUGCUUUCUUCUAUGGUAUCUCCCCAUUAAUUAUGAGUGUUUGGACUGUACCAAUCGUUGUAAAGGAUCCAAUUAUUUUCAUUUUAGUAGGUAUGAUUCCUGUCAUGGUUUUACCAAGAGUCAUUCAAUAUAUGAUUCUUAGAGCCCGUCGUCCAUAUGAAGCUGGUAAAUCUGGUCCAUCACUUUGGGUAGAAGCUACUGAUUUAUGGAGAGCUGAACAAACUUUCUUUGGUUUUGCUGGUACUUAUAUUUCUGCAUGGAAAGAAGGUUCUGCAUCAAUUGUCAAAUUAUUAAAAGCUCGUAAGAUUUCACGUCAUAAAUUAGCCAUGUGGAAUUGGAAGAGAGAUUUCGUAAAGAAACCAGUUGUUUGUGAAGUUUUCCGUCAAAGUAAACUUGUCAAUGAUAAUGUUGAUAAUCAAGAAGCCGCUGGAAAACAUAAAUCUGAACAAUCUUUCCGUACCUCCAACAAAGAAUCUGAUACCAUUAAAAAUUCACGUCUUUUCCUUCCAAAUGUUUUACUCUUUGUUGUAAACAUCUUAGCUAUGCUUUCUGCUGUACUUCGUUUCAAUUGUUUCCAAAAUGAUAUGUGGCUUUUAGUUGUAGUUGCUGGUUUCUCUUUCUCGACUAUGUGGCAUUUAUGGUCAUUCAUUCCAAUGGCUCUUCGUCAAUCAGAAAAACAAUGGCCAUAUGCUUCUUCAUACCAUGCUCAUAACAUUGUAUUAUUCCUUGUUCUUGGUUUCCUUGUACUCCUCUUCAUUGAUGUCAAAGUUUGUAUACCUAGAGUUGGUUAAUCUAAAUUUUAAUAAUAAUAAUAAUAAUAAUAAUAAUAAUACAAUUCAAUUUUUAUCAAUACAAUAUUUUUUAAUGUUUUCUAUUUUUAAAGAUUAUAAAUAUAUCUUUAAAAACAAAUAAUCAUUUCUUUCAAUCUUUUUUCUCAAUCCCUUAAAAAAAAUUACAAAAAAAAAAAAAAAAAAAAAAAAAAUAAAAAUCCACAUUAUAAUUGGAUUUUAAUUAUAACAAUUAUUCUUUUUUUUUUCUUUUAUAUCAAAAUUAAAAAAUAAAAAAAUUAAUAUU